AAUACCUACCACAGUAAUGAACCAACCCAUCAAAAAACCAAAUUCAUAACCUCAAAAUGCAUGGCCUUGUUGCAGUGAAUACGGUGGUGGCUGCAUCGGCUUGUUCGGUGUGGGAUGUCUAUAGCACCCUUCAAGUCUUCACAGUUAUAAAUACAUUUCUGCCGAAUGUGCUUGGGACAGUUAAAGUCGUUGAAGGUGAUGGACAUGUUGGCACACUUAUAAACGUUACAUUUCCACCAGGAACUCCUGGAGUUGGUUAUAUGAAGGAAAUUAUUACAAAGGUUGAUAAUAUGAAGCAUGUGAAGGAAACAAAAGCCAUUGAAGGAGGAUUUAUAGCACAGGGCUUCAAGCGUUAUAUAACUCAAUACAAAAUUAUUGAGAAAAAUUUUACAUCAAGUAUUAUAAGAUCAACAAUAGAGUAUGAGCUUGAUCAUAAGUUAGCAAAUCUUACUUCUGUAGUAAAUACCAAGCUAGUGCAAAAACUUGCAGAAACCGUUGGAAAAUAUCUGACCGAGAAGACACCUCCUCCUUAUUAGAAUCUGUUAAAGGAGUUUGUUGUCGAUGUUGUAAUAUUAUCAUAUUGAUAAUGAUAUUAAAAUAAAAAUAAAAGAUGAUAUAUCAUGUGUUCUUAAUUAAUCUAUAAUUUGUUAGAACUAAAGAAUAGAUAAUAUUUGUGGGGUUUGGCUAUCGUAUUUCACUGUACAAGUGUAUUUUAUAAAUUUUACGUUUUUAAUUC